CCCCGGGGAGCGCAGCCGGGAGGGGCGUCCGAGGGGCGUCUCGGGGCUUGGAGCAGCCCGGCCCCAGCGGGCUGCGGUCGGGGGUGGGGGCGCCGGAGCGUCGAGGCCCCCUCGCUGGGCUGCACGGGCCGCCGGGCCCCCAGGCUGAGAGGGGGCCGGAGCGGCGCCCCCGCCGCCCGCGCGGGGUCUCCCCCAUGGUGCAGCGGGGUUCGGGAUGUCGAAGACGCUGAAGAAGAAGAAGCACUGGCUCAGCAAGGUGCAGGAGUGCGCGGUGUCCUGGGCCGGGCCCCCGGGCGACUUGGGCGCCGAGAUCCGGGGCGGCGCGGAGCGCGGCGAGUUCCCUUACCUGGGGCGGCUCCGGGAGGAGCCCGGCGGGGGCACCUGCUGCGUCGUCUCGGGCAAGGCGCCCAGCCCUGGGGAUGUGCUGCUGGAGGUGAACGGGACGCCUGUCAGCGGGCUCACCAACCGGGACACCCUGGCUGUCAUCCGCCACUUCCGAGAGCCCAUCCGUCUCAAGACUGUGAAGCCAGGCAAAGUCAUUAAUAAAGAUUUGCGACAUUACCUGAGUCUUCAGUUUCAGAAAGGAUCAAUUGACCACAAAUUGCAGCAAGUGAUCAGAGAUAAUCUCUACUUGAGAACCAUUCCAUGCACUACAAGGGCCCCCAGGGAUGGGGAAGUACCAGGGGUGGACUAUAAUUUCAUUUCUGUUGAACAGUUCAAAGCACUGGAAGAGAGUGGAGCAUUAUUAGAAAGUGGAACGUAUGAUGGAAACUUCUACGGAACUCCCAAGCCUCCAGCAGAACCCAGCCCUUUCCAGCCAGAUCCAGUUGAUCAGGUCCUCUUCGAUAAUGAGUUUGACACCGAAUCCCAGAGAAAACGAACUACAUCUGUCAGCAAGAUGGAAAGAAUGGACAGCUCUCUUCCUGAAGAGGAAGAAGAUGAGGACAAGGAAGCUGUUAAUGGCAGUGGAACUGCAGAAAACGGAGAGAGGCGUUCUGAGUCGUCUGACUGGAUGAAGACUGUCCCGAGUUAUAACCAAACUAAUAGCUCCAUGGACUUCAGAAAUUAUAUGAUGAGAGAUGAGAAUCUGGAACCACUGCCCAAAAACUGGGAGAUGGCCUACACCGACACAGGGAUGGUCUACUUCAUUGACCACAAUACCAAGACAACCACCUGGUUGGAUCCUCGUCUUUGUAAGAAAGCCAAAGCCCCUGAAGACUGUGAAGACGGAGAACUUCCUUAUGGCUGGGAGAAAAUAGAGGACCCUCAGUAUGGGACAUACUAUGUCGAUCACCUUAACCAGAAAACCCAGUUUGAAAAUCCAGUGGAGGAAGCCAAAAGGAAAAAGCAGUUAGGACAGGCUGAUACUGGGUCUUCAAAACCAGAUAUGGAAAAAUCCCAUUUUACUCGAGAUCCCUCCCAGCUGAAGGGCAUUCUUAUUCGAGCGUCAUUGAAGAAAAGCACAAUGGGAUUUGGUUUUACCAUUAUUGGUGGAGAUAGGCCUGAUGAGUUUUUACAAGUAAAAAAUGUGCUGAAAGAUGGUCCUGCAGCUCAGGAUGGGAAAAUUGCACCAGGUGAUGUUAUUGUAGACAUCAAUGGCAGCUGUGUCCUUGGUCACACCCAUGCAGAUGUUGUCCAGAUGUUUCAAUUGGUACCUGUCAAUCAGUAUGUCAACCUCACCCUAUGCCGUGGUUAUCCACUUCCUGAUGACAAUGAAGAUCCUGUUGUGGACAUUGUUGCUGCUACUCCUGUCAUCAAUGGACAGUCAUUAACCAAGGGAGAGACUUGCAUGAAUACUCAGGAUUUUAAGUCAGGAGCAGUGGUCCUGGACCAGAAUGGAAAGCCAGGACCCACCUUGAUCGGUGACCGUCUCAAUGGGCCAUCGGAUCCAAGCGAGCAGCGAGCAUCCCUGGCAUCAUCGGGCAGCUCCCAGCCCGAACUAGUGACUAUCCCUCUGAUUAAGGGCCCUAAAGGCUUUGGGUUUGCAAUUGCUGACAGCCCAACAGGACAGAAGGUCAAAAUGAUAUUGGAUAGUCAGUGGUGUCAAGGCCUCCAGAAGGGGGAUAUAAUUAAGGAAAUUUACCAUCAAAAUGUGCAGAAUUUAACACAUCUCCAAGUGGUAGAGGUGCUAAAGCAAUUUCCAAUAGGUGCAGAUGUACCAUUGCUUAUCUUAAGAGGAGGUCCUCCUUCACCAACUAAAACUGCCAAAAUGAAAACAGACAAAAAGGAAAAUUCAGGAAGUUUGGAGGCCAUAAAUGAGCCCAUUCCCCAGCCUAUGCCUUUUCCACCCAGCAUUAUCAGGUCAGGAUCCCCGAAAUUGGAUCCUUCUGAGGUCUACCUGAAAUCGAAGACUUUAUAUGAAGAUAAACCACCAAACACCAAGGACUUGGAUGUUUUUCUUCGGAAACAGGAGUCGGGGUUUGGCUUCCGGGUACUGGGAGGAGAGGGACCGGACCAGUCUAUCUACAUCGGGGCCAUCAUUCCUCUGGGCGCAGCAGAGAAAGAUGGUCGGCUCCGUGCAGCUGACGAGCUGAUGUGCAUUGAUGGGAUUCCCGUGAAAGGGAAGUCUCACAAACAAGUCUUGGAUCUCAUGACAACGGCAGCUCGAAAUGGCCACGUGCUAUUAACUGUCAGAAGAAAGAUCUUCUAUGGUGAGAAACAACCUGAGGAUGACAGCUCUCAAGCCUUCCUUUCAACACAGAAUGGCUCGCCCCGCCUGAACCGAGCAGAGGUCCCAGCCAGGCCUGCUCCGCAGGAGGCCUAUGAUGUAGUCUUGCACCGAAAGGAAAAUGAAGGAUUUGGCUUUGUCAUCCUCACCUCCAAAAACAAACCACCUCCAGGAGUUAUUCCUCAUAAAAUUGGCCGAGUCAUAGAGGGAAGCCCAGCAGAUCACUGUGGAAAACUGAAAAUCGGAGAUCACAUCUCUGCGGUGAAUGGGCAGUCCAUUGUUGAACUGUCCCAUGAUAACAUUGUUCAGCUGAUCAAAGACGCUGGUGUCACGGUCACACUAACGGUCGUUGCUGAGGAAGAGCAUCAUGGUCCGCCUUCAGGAACAAACUCAGCCAGGCAGAGCCCUGCCCUGCAGCACAGAGCCCCGGGCCAGUCCCAGGCCAACCACAUAGCUGGGGACAGAAGUGCUCUAGAAGGUGGAAUCGGGAAAGACGUCUCCACUUCUUACAGACACUCGUGGUCUGACCACAAGCGCCUUGCCCAGCCUGACGCGGCAAUGAGUGCGGUUGUGGGCGCCCGGCACAGUCAGAGCCUUGGUUGUUACCCAGUGGAGCUGGAGAGAGGCCCCCGGGGCUUUGGGUUCAGCCUCCGUGGGGGGAAGGAGUACAACAUGGGGCUGUUCAUCCUGCGUCUUGCUGAGGAGGGCCCCGCCAUCAAAGACGGCAGGAUUCACGUGGGUGACCAGAUUGUCGAAAUCAAUGGGGAGCCUACACAAGGCAUCACACAUACUCGAGCAAUUGAGCUCAUCCAGGCCGGUGGAAAUAAAGUUCUCCUGCUUUUGAGGCCAGGAACUGGCUUGAUACCUGACCACGGUGAUUGGGAUGUUAAUAAUCCUUCGUCUUCAAAUGUGAUUUAUGAUGAGCAGCCCCCCUUUCCCCCAUCUUCCCAUCCUGCUUCCAUAUUUGAGGAGUCUCCCGUGCCAGUAAUUGAAGGAUCUUUAAUGAGAGGUCAGACAUGUGAAAAGACCGAGGAAUUAAAGGAUGGUGUGCCUGAAAAGAAAAGCACUUUAAAUGAAAAUCCGUCUGAUAAAAAGCAGCACUCUUUUCUCCAGAAAAAUGUGAAUAAAAGAGAUCCACCCAGCAGUCAUGGUCAGAGUGACAGGAAAAAUCUCUUCAGAGUAGAAAACGGUGUUACACAAAGAGGCAGAUCUGCUAGUCCCAGAAAGCCCGCCAGCCGACAUGCAGAAGGACGUUCAGACAGGCUUCCCAGUCCUCUACCAACUGACCCCAAAAGAAGACCCAGAGAGCGAUCACUCAGCCCCAGGAGAGGGGACAGUAAAGGGCAGAUGGGCACCAGGGCAGGUUCCGGACAAGAUAGCUGCGAACGAAGCAGAGGACGGUCUUCAAGCCCAAAGAAGCAGCAGAAGACUGAGGGAAGCAAAGGCCGAUCAUCAGAGUCGGAGAGUCAGAGGGGCGGGGGCCGUGCGAGGGAUGGGGCUGAGCAGAUCUCCGAGGGCAGAGAAGAAUCGGGUGUUGUCCAGAAGGACACAAAGCAGAGCCAGUCUGGAAAAAACAGAACACGGUCUCCAGAGAAACAAAGCAAGAGGAUGGCUGAAAAGUCUCUUCCAUCCAAAAAGACUAGUGCUGCUGCUAGUAGAGUAUUACCUGACAAGGAGAAAGGAAAGAAGGCGGCCUUGGGAGAGACAAGCGCCAGCAAAGAGAAGCCAGGAGACAAUGCCAGAAUAUCAGACAAGAAGCUGAAGCAGGACCCUGAAGAAAGGAUGGUUUUAAACAAAACCCAAGCUCCCCGAGGAAAAGAACAGGAGGCAGCCGACAGAACCAGAGAGAGCGGAGGCUUCCAACCUGAGAGCGCUUCUCCCGUUAAGAAAACACCCAUAACUCCAGGGCCCUGGAAGGUGCCAAGUGCAAACAAAGCGGCAGGCCCUAGUGGUGUGGCCGAGAAACGGCUGUGACCUUCGGUAUAAAACAAAGAAAAACAAGCUGUAAUCUUUUACUAAAAAGUGGCAUCUUUCCAAAACAAAA